AGUUGCAGUCGCUUGAUCAGUGAGGAUGAAGUCAACCAUUCUUAUCGUGGCUGGUUUGUUCUGCGUGUUCGCAGUUGCUCAACGAAUUCACUGUACAUCUCCUGUGCGCUAUUACGUUUCAGAUUUUAGGGCCAACUGGUACCGAGCUACGGAGUACUGCUUUUAUAUGGGGAUGCAACCAGUGAUCGUGGAGACAGCAGAAGAGCACAACAAAGUAAUCGAAGUGGUCAAAGACUCCAACGUGUUCACCAACGACAGCUUCAUCGCGUGGAUCGGUGCGAGUGAUUUAGGAGAGGAGGGCAUAUUUGUUUGGCAUGCCACCGGAACCCGGGUGCGGUAUGCCAACUGGAGGCCUGGGCAGCCGGAUAAUGACAAAAACCAGGAGGAUUGUGUGACGCUUAUGAAUAUGCCCGCAGCCGGGUGGGAAUGGCAUGCGAAUGACGAACCAUGCUGGAAUUCACACUAUUUUAUUUGCGAAAAUGUCGAUAUGCGAACACAAAUUGGUACAUUCUAACCGGCCGUCUGUGGUAAUGGUAAAAUAUAACGAUGGACUCUUUAUUCGUAAGAUAAAAUGGAAGGAAAUUCUUCUCCGGAUGUGUAAUGCUGCUAACGCGUACAUUCUACCAUUCCGAAAUUUAUUUUUCAUCGAAUUUCGGCUCCAUGUACAGCAGAAUAUUCGUCCAGCAGAAUAUAAGAAUCUUGAAAAAGCUAUAUACAGUGACUCAAACUCGAAAUCGUAUCCCACCAGGCAGAUCUUUUUUUCACUUCUUUUGAAAGUCGUAAGCAAGCUUUCGAAACAUUAUAUUUAGAUAAUGAUAUAUACAUCAUUUCAAAGCUUAAACCUUCAGAUUGUGGAAUAUUCCACGAACAUAUUGUUAUCUUGGUGUGUAAAUGUAGUGGACAAAAAUAUCGAGAAGAAAUAAAAAUCGAUUUCUUUUUGUUUUUACAGAAA